GGUCAGCAGGAUAAAAUGGUAUGGUUAUUAAUUUCGUUGAUUUUUCUCUCUAUUUUUCUGAGGAUAUAUUGCUCUCCAUUAGAUGUACUGAUAGUCUCCACACCUUUUGUUGGUCAUUCUUUUAGAGUCUUAUCAAUUGGGGAGGAGUUAGCAAGAAAAGGUCAUAACGUUACGUUCAUGUCAUUGGAUAACUGGGUCAACAUGAGAAAUAAGGCGAUUGAAAGAGGAAUGAGUUAUUUGUCAGCAGGUAGACAUGAUGCUGAGGAAGGGGAAUGGCGAGAGUUUGUGUUGAAGAGAAUAGAAUUGUCUGCUCAGAGUCCUUUUACGCUACUAGCUGACUUUAAGCUAUUGACAGAGUCAAGGAAAUUGUUGAGUUUCGACGCCAUAGUGGAAUUCCUCAUUAGACAAGAUUUGAAGCAAUGGGAUGUGAUUGUCACCGAGAAAGAAUUACUACAAAGUGUUCCGUGUAUUGCAAAAAGUCAAGGGAUUCCUGUUGUUACUGUUACAAGCUAUUACUCUUAUAACACGGAAUCACCUCCCUGGCCGUUCCCUUCUUACCAAUCGGGUCAUUCAGAGAACUUAACAUUCAAAGGACGAUUUUUAAGUUUUUUAGUCACUGUCGGUCACAGGUUCUUGCAUGCAGUCUCACUAAAAAGGAUAAUCUCGGGUUCCUCAACGACUGAAAGACUAUGCUCUGAUAAUUUCAAGUAUCCCAUAGAAUCAGGAUGGGAAGUCCCAUUACUCGUCAGUACAGUACUUGGUCUUGAAUAUCCUCGAGUUCUCUCACCAAUGACUCAUUAUGUUGGACCGCUCCUCUCUCGACAUCUACUUAAUGCUUCACUUGAAUUUAACAGUCAUCUUUGGAAAUGGUUGGAAACUAAAAGUAAUAAAAGUGUCAUAUACAUUAGUAUGGGCUCACUGGUCUCCAUAAGCACUGAUCUUGCCCAUGCAUUCAUUGAUGGCAUCAAAGACACAAAUUAUUCUGUUGUAUGGUCUUUAAGUGACUUGAAUAAGAAUGUCAUUCCAAAUGUAGUGAAACUACAUCCUGAGAAAUAUCACAUCUCAUCCUGGAUACCUCAGUUAGCAUUGCUACAACAUAGCUCCAUAUUCUUGGCUAUACUCCAUGGAGGUGCCAAUGGUGUCCAUGAGGCUCUAUAUCAUGGGGUCCCUGGGAUCUUGAUACCAUUUGUUAAUGACCAGUUUGACUGGUCUGUGAGGGUUGAGGAUGCUGGUGUGGGCAUACAACUACUACCACAUCAAGUGACAUCCUCCUCCAUAAAGGAGAGCAUUCAAAGGAUUGAAUCUACAGAUGAGUAUCACAAGAAAGCAAGUCUACUGAGUGUACUGAUGAGGAGAGCAGGAGGUACAAAUGAAGCAGUUGAACUCAUUGAAUUUUAUGCCACUUAUGGAUAUGACCAUCUCAUACCAGCCCCUAUAAAAUACAAAUGGAAUUGGAUGGCAUAUUAUAAUAUUGAUGUGUACGCCAUUAUUAGUUGCUUUGUAUUAACAUCAAUGUGGAUCUUUAAAAAGUGUUGCUGUAAGUGUUGUUGUUGGUCAAUGAACAAAAAGUUAAAACAAAGUUAGCUGUAAUGAUUGUUAUUAUUUAGUCAUUCCAUUUAAUAUAUGGUUUACAUUCUCUUUUUCUAUCAUACAG